AUGAAGCGUACAUAUGUGGGGAGCCUAGCUUGUCAGCGGGACUCAUCCUUAUUAAAGGGAUUUCAGACCACUGUGGUGUCGUGUGAAGCAGUUGACUCAAAGGACAAUAAAGAAGGCCCACCGAUGUACCAUGUUGAGCUUCACGAUACUAUCCUUUUUCCGGAAGGUGGAGGGCAACCGAGUGAUACUGGCGUUUUGAAGGUACUUGAUGGCCCAAAUGCUAAUGAGUCAGUAGUCGUUAGCCAUGUAGCAAGAGAGGGCCUGCAUGCUAAACAUUGCGUUGACAACCUGAUCGAACCGGGAACUAAAGUGGAAAUUACCGUUGAUAGUGGCAGAAGAAUAGAUUACAUGCAACAGCACACUGGGCAACAUCUGCUGAGCGCCUUAUUGGAACAGAAGUACGACUUGCGGACCCUUUCUUGGUCCAUGGGUGAGAUUCCUAACGAUAAGAAGGGCCCUCUGGAAAUUAACGAUUAUUUCAAUUACCUGGAGAUUCCAAGAAGGAUGUCUGAGCAGGAGAUCCGAGAUCUCUCUGAUGCAAUGAAUCACUAUAUUCUAGUCGAACCGAUGUCUAUAAGUAUCCGUGAAGCAACCCGUGAGGCUGUGGGUAGCUUGAACACGGAUAAAAUACCAGAUGACUACGAUCUAAGCAAGGGAAUUGUUAGAACAGUGCAUAUUGGUACUAUGGACGCAAAUCCUUGUUGCGGUACUCACUUGAAAGAGACCGGCCAAAUUGGCUCGAUUCUGAUCUUACCAAAUCAAACAACAGUGAGAGGCACAAACUCAAGACUGUAUUUUAUGUGCGGUCAGCGUGUGAACAAGUAUGGUGAAAUGGCAUCUGAGAUCUUGACUAAGACGAAGGCUAAGUUGAGCUGUCAGGAAGCUCAAAUUCCUGACAAGAUCGAGAAGCAAAAAGAUCAAAUACAGAAGCUUAGCAAAAGGGAACAGUAUUGGAUGAGAGAAUUGGCUGCUUAUGAAUCGAAAGCCAUUAUUGAACAACUCAAACAGAAUAGAAAAGCAUACCUACUGAAGGAUACUUUCGGUACAUUGGAGUAUUUGCUUCACAUACUUAAAGAGAUCAGGCCUGCUUGCCAGGGUAUGCCCAAUUAUAUUUUGCUUUUGUGCGGCAGGGAUAGACAAACAGAAACUGGAUCGAUAAUAAUAUUAUCCACUUCAGGAGAAGAUAUUUCAAGAAUUUCAGGCAAGCUAUCCUCCUGCUUCAGGUGCAUCAAAGGCGGCGGUGGUUCUAGUGGAGGAAAAUGGCAAGCGAAGAUGGCGAAAGUUACGAACCAAGAGUGGACUGCCUUAGAAGAGUUCGUCGCCUUUGAAUUCAAACUUGGCACCUAA